AUGAAACGUGAUCGGAGCAUCGAAAUCACAGUGUGGUUGGGAGUUACUGCUAAUUUUGAAAUUAUGGGAGGUGAAGAUAUCGAAGAAAUUGUGAUAGAGUCUGACGAGGAAUUGCCUGAAAAAGAGGCUUCUGAGGACAAAAUCAAAGCAAAGACAAAUGGUGAAAACAAGUCUUCAUCCAAAGAACAGAAUGGUUCAAAGUCAACUACAAAGAAUAAAUGGGACUUUCUCAUGAAACCAUCGACAAGCAAGGUUAAGAGUGAAGUUAUCAGAACGACAGGCAAGGCCAAGGGUGAAGUGGUAAGCAUUGUAGAAACUGAUGCUUCAACAUCUACUGCGAAUUCCGCUAACAAAACCGAGGACAAGAAAGCUCAGAAGAUUGCAGCAAAUGAUGGUGUGAAAAUAAUGAAAAUAGCGGAAUUGGAAGUUGAACGUGACCGAGUGUUGAAAGAAGUUUUUGGUCAUAAGAAAUUCAAAAGCUCGCUUCAGAAAAAGGCUACAAAUUGUAUACUUUUGAGGAAAGCUGACGUGUAUGUCUCAUUGCCUACCGGAGCAGGAAAAUCUCUCUGUUACCAGCUCCCUGCUGUUGUUCAUGCGGGUGUCACGGUCGUUGUAUCUCCUCUUAUAGCCUUGAUAACGGAUCAAAUUGUGGCUUUGAAAGAGAAAGGUAUCCCUAGCGAGUCGCUUAACUCCAAACUGAGUGCUUCGGAGAGAACUCGCAUAAUAGAGGAUCUACGCAAUAGCAAGCCUACUCUAAAAUUGCUCUACAUAACACCAGAGGCUGCGGCUACUGAUAACAUGCGAAGAAUAUUGGCCUCUCUGCACAAACGGAACUUAUUGAGCUACUUUGUCGUUGAUGAAGCUCACUGCGUCACACACUGGGGCCAUGAUUUUCGUCCAGAUUAUCUCAAACUGAAAGCUCUGAGAGAUGUUUGUCCCAAUGUGCCCUGGAUAGCACUCACUGCUACUGCCAAUGUCAAGGCACAGGAUGACAUCAUUGAUCAGUUGAAGCUAAAACAUGUGCAAACUUUCAAAGCCUCAACUUUUCGUGGUAAUUUGUACUACGAUGUGUAUAUGAAGGAUCACCUCACCGUUGCACCAGAGCGUCAUCUUGCGGAGUUUAUUCUUCGGUGUCUAAAGGUUCCCAAAGAAAAAACAGAAGAGCUGGGGAAGUUUGUGAAAAAAGCUGCCUUAAAGCACGAAAAAUCUUCCUUUAUUUUCUCUUAUUUUCGGGUGUAUCAAGGGAGCGGUAUAAUCUACUGUCGCACCCGCGAUGAAUGCGACCAGGUAGCACAAAUGCUAAGCUUUGCACAUAUUCAAUGCCUCUCCUAUCAUGCGGGGCUCUCAAAUAAGAUGCGUGACGAAGUCCAGAACAAAUGGAUGACAAACGAGGUACCAGUGAUUGCUGCAACGAUAGCCUUUGGUAUGGGUAUCGACAAACCGGAUGUACGUUUUGUUGUCCACUGGACGUGCCCACAAAAUCUAGCUGCUUAUUAUCAAGAGAGUGGAAGAGCUGGCCGUGAUGGCCAGAGGAGCUAUUGUAGAAUAUACUACAGCCUAUCGGAUAAGGAUUUUCUGCAUUUUCUUGUCAGAAGGGACUUGGCUCUGCUGAAGGGUAAAGGUAUCAGUGAGGAGUCAAAAAAGCAACAAGCGGCGGCCAUGCAGCUUGGGUUGGAAAAGAUGGUGGACUAUGCAGAAGUGGCGCAUUGCCGUCAUGUGUGUUUUGCGAAGUACUUCGGAGAAAACGAUCUUCCUCCAUGUCGUCAACACUGUGACUUUUGCAAAGAUCCGAAAGGGACAAUGAGAAGGGCUUCUCAGUUUCAGACCGCUUGUACUUCAACUAAAAUGGCAAAAGCCUCUCGAGCAAAGCCGGAUGAUGGUGAAUUGUAUGGAGGCGGUAAACGCAGUUUUCGAGAGGACGACGAUUCGUACUGUAGUGGAGGGGAUGCAAUGGAGAGAUUGGAAAAGGAAGAAGCUGCUAGAAUGCGAGAAGUUGUGGCUAGCGAAUUUGCUAAGCGAAGAAAGCUGGAAGCGCGAGAAUCUGUCAAUGACGAUUACGUUCCGAGCACAGAAUAUCCUAUCAAGGAACCGAAAGCCAAAUUAGUGCCUAAUUUGCGACCUCAGCGCCGCGAGGAUGUUGUGCGCUUGAUAGGCUUGGCUUUGGAAGCCAACUGGCUCCUCUUUGAACGACCUUGCUCUACUAUUGACGCAGGAACAGCACUGGAAUGGUCUAUAUAUAGAAGUACGAAGUCAGUAACAGUGUAUCAACAUAAAACAGCGGCCAAGAUCGCGGAAAUCAAAAAACUGACGAAAGAAGGAGAACAUUUCCAAUUUGUUCCAGAACCAAACGGAUCGAACUCAUUUGUAUCAGCUGUUAGCAUGAUGGAAUCCGGCUAA